UUCCUCGCAUUUCUUGCCCAGUGUUUAUCACGCGUGUCCAGAUAGAUAGGCGGAUGAAGCGCGAGACUAUCGACUGACCUUCUGUUUUUAAUUCCGAUGAGUAUUUGGUGCUCGUGCGUCUCUUCUCGCGCACGCUGAGGUCAGUAAGUCACGUAUGAUGCACAUAUGAACGAACUGUAAUACUGACGCGAUUAUUCCUCACUGCGAUCAUUUAAAGCUGCAGAGAUGUCAGUUGUGUCUAUUCAGUGCCUGAUGUUUGGUUCAGUAUUCCUGGUUCUGGUGUGUGCCGAGGGCCUGAGUGCCGGUCCAGCGCUCCUCCCCAAUCCUCUCCGCUCCCACGGGCCGGUUCUGGAUGUUCCCGUAGGCUUUGAGGAGCGUGAGGAGGUCUCGAGGGAUCGUAAACCCGGAUUCAUGGAGAGUUCUCAGGAGAGCUCUGGGUUUGAAGACAGCGAGGAUGGCAAGAGCGCUCACGCCGAGACCAAAGACAGCGGCGCCAUGAAUGAGCGCUGUCUGAUGCCCAGGAAGGUUGGACCGUGUCAUGCGUCGUACCCGCGCUGGCACUUUAACCCCGUCACUAUGAAGUGUGAAAACUUCGUAUUCGGGGGCUGCAAAGAAAACCUCAAUAACUUCUUGUCGCUGGAGGAGUGCGCCAAAGCUUGCCACACAGUCUCUGAUUACAGCCCUUCAUCUCCAGAACCGCCAUCUUCGCCACUUCCUCUGAGUGAAAAGCCCAGUGAGACCAACUCCUCUUCUUUGCUCUUCAUCCCUACGGCUGAGCCCGUAGACCCGGAGCAAUGGGAGAGUGAUUCUGAAUCUAGCGGUUUCCCCCUCCCCCCCUCCCCCGGCCCAUCAAGAGCAGGUGCUGAAGACCACGCCCCCUUCACAGCCACAGCCACGCCCCCUUCCCUCGGACUGUCUCGUCAGAACCGAGAAGAGGCCACAGCCGGGCCUGACAAACGCCUAGCGUCCCAGGACCCGUUUGAUGACGAGAGGGGCCGUGAAGUCACGCAAGCACCCACCGCUCCAGAAAUCGGGCCCCUGCCCAGCCGGGAGCCCUUGCAGCCUGACGUUCUACACCGGGACAAUUCUGAGGAAGAGGAGGAUGAGGAAGAGUUGGUGGUGUUCCCCACUGAACCGGACGAGGAGGAAGAGUCUGACUGGCGGUACCUCACGACCGGGCCCUCGUCCUCCCCCGCCUCGGAUCUGCCACCGUUGGUCUUCACUGAACCUGCCUGGCAGGGGGCGGAGCUAACCACGGCGGCGGAUGAGGAGGGGGCGGAGCUUCGGCACGGUGGCACCGAAUAUCUUGCCGAAACGGAGCUCCACGACUCAGAGUUGUCCCAGGAGGCCGAGCAGGUGAUUUGUGUCGACUGGAGCAACCUCGCAGGAAAGGGCUACGUUAUACUCAACAUGACGGACAACUUUGACUGUGACGAGUUUCGUAUGGAGAGUGGCGACAGACUUCUGGAGAUGCUGGAAAACACUUUCUCCAGAAAGCUGAACAUCCCACAAGGAUCCUGGCUCAUUUUCCUCAGCAAACCCACACAGCAGGACCACCAGCUCCUGAUGGCCUUAGCCAGCGAGCAGGAAAUCAUAGCCCCAAAAGACGUCCUGUCAAUGCUGGGGGAAAUCAGAAGAGGUCUAUAUGAGAUUGGAAUCCAGAAUUAUUCCACCGUCAACACGUGCCACUCGAGGCCCAGUCAGACACGCAGCGACUACGGGAAGCUGUUUGUGGUGCUAGUGAUCAUCGGAUCGGUGUGUGUGCUCAUUAUUGCUUCUGGAAUCAUCUAUAUCUGCUGGCAGCGCCGCUUACCCAAACUCAAGAACAUGUCGCGAGGCGAAGAGCUCCACUUUGUGGAGAACGGUUGCCAUGACAACCCCACACUGGAUGUAACCAGCGACAGCCAAUCAGAGAUGCAGGAGAAGAAACUCAGCGCCAAUGGGGUGACGGCGGGCGCGGACGGCGGGAGCGGUUGGCAGGUGCUCGUCAACAAGCCCGGGAAAGAAGAGGAAGACAACCAAGAGGAAGAUACUCACCUUUAAUCCCGGGAAGCAAUCAUCAAAACGGCAUGGGAAAGCAGCAUCGCAUUAAAGACUAUGAAGGCACGAAACAUUUUCAAGCUUUUUCGAAACAUCUGCUGUAUAAAAUGUGAUGUCUUUUGGCGUGUAUGACGUUUUUCUUUAUCCACAUUACUAAAUUCAGACGGACUAAACUUACUGAAGUGCUUUAAAAUGCGAGUUGUAUAUGAUAUGGGACAAUUUUCAGUGCAGGAGCUAAUCAUUAGUAUUUAUUUAAAUCGAAUGUGUCAAACAAUCAGUAGGAUAUUUUAGAGUUUAAAACGUUGUUUGAAAAUUGUUUCUUGCACUGUUGAAGCAAUAGUUCACCCCAAAAACAUGCGAUAUGUCGUUUUAAUCUACCACAUGUUGUUCCAAACUACUGUUUUUCUGUGA